CCAUGUCAAACAUCUUUGCCAGAGCCACAUGUCUUGAUAGGAAAAGCUAUUAAUAGUAGCAGGCAUGACAACAGCCAGCCUGCAAGCCAUCAGCUGUUCAAGUGAAACGCAUCAGAGGUGUGGAUUGCCGUCCACAUGCUCUUGUUUGUCGCGUCUGCGGCUCGGGUUGCCACAAGUGUACAACGCACAUGCAAAGAUAAAUAGUUUCAGAUAGACCUCUGAUGCUCUUGGGGAGUGGAAAUUUACCAUCGCUCGGGUAAUCCCCUGCUCCAAAGCUGUGACCAAUCUGCUGAUGGUUUUUAAUUGUCUUAGUCUGUGGGAGGGUCGGGGUGUCACCUCGGCUUACAUUGAGCCUGAGAGAUUGGGGCUGUGUGGUCAGAGGUAUGGUGUCUACUGAGAGAACAACAUAGACCAAUCGGACUCAGCCAUGAAGGAAAUCAUGGCCCAGAAAGAAAAACUCCAGUGUCUAAAGGACUUCCACAAAGAUAUUCUGAAACCGUCUCCAGGAAAGAGCCCAGGUACGAGGCCAGAGGAUGAAGCAGAGGGAAAACACCCCCAGAGAGAAAAAUGGGCUAGCAAGCUUGACUUUCUUCUGUCAGUCGCCGGGGGCUUCGUUGGUUUAGGCAACGUUUGGCGUUUCCCAUACCUCUGCUACAAGAAUGGCGGAGGUGCUUUUCUCAUCCCUUACUUCAUUUUCCUGUUCGGUGGAGGUCUGCCUGUGUUCUUCCUGGAGGUGGCACUCGGCCAGUUCACCUCUGAGGGAGGUAUCACUUGUUGGGAGAAACUUUGCCCCAUUUUUACAGGCAUCGGCUAUGCGUCCAUCGUUAUCGUCUCUCUGCUGAACAUCUACUAUAUCGUAAUCCUGGCCUGGGGUUUGUACUACCUGUUCCAGUGCUUUCAACCAGAGCUCCCCUGGGCUAGCUGCAACAACAAAUGGAACACGGCAAAUUGUGUGGAGGACACCCUCCGCAAGAACAAAACACUCUGGGCUGCAGCGAACGCCACUAACUUCACUUCCCCAGUCACUGAGUUCUGGGAACGAAAUGUCCUCAGCAUCUCGGAUGGUAUCGAGGAUGUGGGUCACAUUAAAUGGGACCUAGCCCUUUGUCUCCUUGCUAUGUGGGUCAUCUGCUUCUUCUGCAUCUGGAAAGGUGUGAAGUCCACUGGGAAGGUUGUGUACGUCACAGCAACAUUCCCAUUCAUCAUGCUAAUCGUCUUACUAGUACGGGGUGUCACUCUUCCUGGGGCAGCUGAGGGCAUCAAAUUCUAUCUGUACCCAAAUGUGACUCGCCUUGGAGACCCAGAGGUGUGGAUUGAUGCGGGAACGCAGAUAUUCUUUUCUUACGCCAUCUGUCUUGGAGCCAUGACGUCUUUGGGAAGCUACAACAAAUACAAAUACAACUGUUACAGGGACUGUUUGCUGCUGGGAGGCCUGAACAGCGCUACCAGUUUUGUGUCUGGCUUCGCAAUAUUUUCCGUCCUGGGCUUCAUGGCACAAGAGCAAGGGGUGGACAUAGCCGAUGUGGCAGAGUCAGGUCCUGGCUUGGCCUUCAUUGCUUACCCUAAAGCCGUCACUAUGAUGCCACUGCCUACGUUUUGGGCUGUUCUUUUCUUCAUCAUGCUUCUGCUGUUGGGCCUCGACAGUCAGUUUGUCGAAGUGGAAGGGCAGAUCACAUCCCUAGUGGAUCUGUAUCCAUCCUUCCUACGGAAGGGAUAUCGGCGUGAAAUUUUCAUAGCUAUAAUUUGUUUCAUGAGCUACCUCUUGGGACUUACAAUGGUCACCAAGGGUGGCAUGUAUGUGUUUCAACUCUUUGACUACUAUGCAGCCAGUGGCGUGUGCCUUUUAUGGGUUGCAUUCUUUGAAUGUAUUGCUGUAGCCUGGGUUUAUGGCGCUGAUAAUUUCUAUGAUGCGAUUGAAGAGAUGAUUGGUUACAGACCAAAUCCCUGGAUGAAGUGGAGCUGGACUAUAGUCACACCUUUUCUGUGUGUGGGAUGCUUUGUCUUCUCAUUGGUCAAAUAUACGCCAUUGAGGUACAACAAAGUCUACGAGUACCCAGAUUGGUCCAUUGGAGUUGGCUGGACCCUCGCUCUUGCGUCCAUGAUCUGCAUACCAAUGGUGGUUGUGAUAAAAAUCAUUCAAUCAGAUGGGCCCCUCAUAGAGAGGAUCAAAGCCGUGGCGGCACCCGUGAGGGGAGGGGCCAGUUCUUGCCCCCAAGACUACCGACCCAAAAGCAACGAGCUGUCGCAGCCCCUGGACCCCAACUGGAACGGAAGUUUGACGAAGCCCACCCACACCAUCGUAGAAACUAUGAUGUGAAAGCUCUCUGUGAGAGGAAUCAAAUGACCUGCUUUUCCAUUAUAUAUACAGUAUAUAUGUGAUUCUAUAUAUACAUAUAUUAAAAAUAUACUCUGUAACUUUUGACAUAGUCGUAGGACCAGGUUUACAUUGCUACGCAUCUGCACUAGGAGUCCUUGUUGUUGUUGUUGUUUUCUACAGAGAAAGUUACAUUUUUUUCUGUCUGUAUUUUUAAUAUUUUUAUCAAAUUACUAUUAUUAUAUUACUGUUAUUGUCGCUGUUAUUAGAGAGAGAAGGUAUCACAUACAACAGUAUCUAAAUUAGAACCACGACUGUUCUAUUUUUGUACAUUUUAUCUUGUACAUGUUUGAAUUGAAGUGAGCAGUGCUUAUUUUUAAAGUAAAAUUAUGGGAAAAAAACCCACAAAGGGCUGCUUAAACAGUGAAAGAGUAAUCAUGAAUCGUGUCUGACAAGUAAAAUUGGUGUACUCAGAAAAAAAACAAAAAAAUCCACCUGUUCACCCACGGUGAACUGCUCAUCAUUUUAGGUACAAAUUAUAUUCCUCAUCAGUAUUUUUGUCUUGUUUUCCGGUAAAAAAAAAAAUAUCUAAAUGUCCUUUAAGGAAUAUUUUGGAUUCAAUACAAGUUAAGCUCAAUUUGACAGCAUUUGUGGCAUAAUACUGAUUACCCAAAAAAUUAUUUUGAGUUGUUUUCAAUAAGAAAAAGCAAGAUUGAGGUUACAGUGAGGCACUAACAAUGGAAGUGAAUGGGGCCAAUCCGUAAACAUUAAAAUACUUACUGUUUCAAAAAUAUAGCCACAAGACAUAAUCAAUAUACAUGUUAACAUCAUUUUAGUGUGAUAAAAUUGCUUACUAACUUAUAUUUUACAAUUUCCUUGCGAUUACGACAUAACACCAUAAAAACUGUUGUCCCGCAAAAAUUACGAUUUAAAGAACUUUACAUUUCAAAUAAUACACACAGAAGAAUUAAUAUACUGUAAGUGCUUUUAUAAAAUUGUAAGUUUCAAAUUUUUUGCCUUUAAACCAUCCAAAAAUUGGCCCCAUUCACUUCCAUUGUAAGUGUCUCGCUGUAACCUCAAUCUUGCUUUUUUUAUUGAAAAGGAAGGACAAGUCGGUAAUCAGCAAGUCGGUAAUUAUGCCACAAAUGCUGUCGAUUGAGCUUAAAUAAAUGUCCUUCCCUUUACGAAAAUUGGUUACGAUAAUAACCCCCUUUGGCAUAUUGUUUUUUUUUUGUUUUGUUUUUGUUUUAAACAUCAAACCUCUAUGAUGUAGAUUUAUGUCUACAAAAAGAAAACACGUCUUAAUAUUAGUCUUGGGAUCGAUUCGUUUGUUUUCUACAAAGGCACGCACACACCGCCAACGCUCUGCACCACAGAGUGCAAAUCGCAUAGUUUUCCAUUAAAUUCGACCCAAAUCAUUAUCAAAGGACAAAGAUUAUUUACUCUAGUAUUACUGGAAGAUAUAUUGUGUUUAAGUAUCUUUCAUAGAGACUGCACAGUGUAUUUUCAGUAACAAGUAUGUCUUUUGGUGGUUUGCCAGCUUGAAUGAAAGAUCUGUUCAUGGCUGCAUACAGAGAAAUUGCAUAAUAAACGUUGCGCAGUUACACCAGUUUCACUAACCUGCAAACUCACGUCACAUUGUUCAUUCUUGAAGAAGUACAAAAAACCUUUGUAAGUGUGUGUGUUUGUGUGUGUGUAUGUGUAUGAUCAUGACCAUUACGGGAUUCAGUAAAUGGUAUAUCGCCCUCUUGUGGUCUCCCAACGCUAUUACACUAGACUGUUAAACAGAGGCCAACUGAGUGAAUUGGAAAGCAUGCAAAUUGGGCUUCUAAUUUAUUUAUCGGCUAAUUUGAAUAUAUCGAUGCCACAAAUAUAUAUCGAUAAAAUAACAUGCCGAUCAAUAACCGAUAUAUUGAUAUUUCAUGACAUCCCUACUUAAUAUCAAAGUAAAAUGAUCUUGUUUUAAGGAUUUUUUUUACUGGAAAAUGACAAGAAUACUGAUUAGGAUUUAUAUAUAUAUAUAUAUAUAUUUUUUUUUUUUUUUUUUUUUUUUGUAGUGUUAUGCAUUAUUGUAGAUCUUCAAUGUUAUGAAGCUAAGUGUGUCCUAACAAAUCGUUUAGACUGGAGUUUGUGCUUUCUGGAAGAAUCGGGCUGGUUAGCCCUGCUUGUUUUCAGAGUAAUGUUUAAGCACUAUACCACUAGCACAAAGGACACUACAUUCUCCACUAUGGUGCAAAGUUCAUGUACAUGAAGUCUAACUGUUUUGUAAGUGUUCUUAUCUGAUGGUGCAUAACCUCGGAAAUGCAUGUCACACUAAUUCUUAGCAGUCUUUUCCACUAUUGAACAUGGAGAAGUCUAGGAUCUUGCAUUACUAAAUACUAUUACUAAAGACGCUAGUUAGGCUGCCUUUGCAACGUACCACAUUCAAUCAGUAAUAUCACGUCACAUGAUUUAUAAACAUCAAGCACGUUCUUAUUUAGGGUUGUUGGAAUGUGAAGCUGUCCUGCAAGAUUUUCACAUAGAUUCAGGGGUAGUUUUUGUUUUUGUAUAUCAAAUCUAAGCUGUUUAUUUUUGUUUCCAAUCACAUUUGCCUUUCGUAUUAAAAAAAGUCACUGUAUUUGACUGUUUUGUUCAACAAAUACCAAUAGAGCACAUCUACAACUGUUAAUCAAAACUAAAAUCACACAAAAAAGAGCUUGCUGCAAACUGUAAUGUGCAAUAUUUUUUAGAAUGAUAUGCAUUGUAACUGUCUUCAGAGGUCUUUCAAAACGUCGGUACUUGGAAUUGUUGAAUUACUUAUGAUUUGAGGGCAAGGGUGUAUGCACAACAUAGCGUUGUAUAAUGUCAAAAUCAAUGAACAGGGGCCAAUUUAAGCUACCAUAUAUGGUAUGCUGUAACAACACCAAAAAACUCAAUGCAGUUCUACUUUCUACUUUGUGACAAUUUAUAUAAUUUCAUUUUUUAAAUGAGAAAGUACAUGUUCAAUCCAUUUAUAUGCAUUACAUUUAUUGGCUGCAGUAUUAUUUUUCGAAGUUAAACAGAACUGCAGCCAAUCACAAAGGGAGAUGUUCAAUUAAUUUCAAAGGUUUCUACCUUGGUACCAUAGUUAUGCUUCACUGAAGAAGUGUAACUGCAAUUUAAAGCUGAAGUGUGCAAUUUACAAAAAAAAGUUAAAAAGUUAUUUUUCCUACACCAGCUAAGUCCAUUUAGGUUGAUUUCCUUCAAAAUGCGCUAUCAUAGCAUUGCUCAGUUUGUUGAGUGUCCCAACCAUCCCGGCAUAAUAAUAUUGGCCCAACCAAUGGAGUGAGUUUGGGGCAGGACUUUUUGUUUGUUCGAACAUUGGAAGAUAGGGGUAGUCUUUGGGAAACCUGAUUGAAAACAGUCUUUUGCAAUUCCGUUUAGUGAUGCUAGAGGUGCAGAAAUGACACACUUCAGCUUUUAAACAAAAUUUCAAAUGGUAAUGCAAUACAAAUGUUGAAAGAGGCACAUUUUUUAGCAAUAAAGAGAUUGAUGUCCAGUCUCUGGUUUCUAAUACGAGCGUAACAGAGACUUUGACUGAUUUUCCUCUAUUGCACGU